GUUAAGUAUCUGUGGUGACAACAGCAAUUUCCUAAAACUGGCAAGAGAAUGCGACUGUUUAUGAAGUAGGACCCCUUUAGGACCCGACGCUGUGCGCGCUACCAUGGAAACAAGCUACUUAUUCAGAUAGCCUGUCUUAAAUUUGACAUUAUGUUGUCGAAUUGUAUCUAAAUAUAAUGUUUUAGAUCAUAUCAAAGUCACGAUGAUAAGCAAUCACCAUUGUUUGAUUAGUUUUAGUGUUCUGUCUAAAGGGUGUAUUUCAAAGCUGUUUAAUUUCUGCCAGGCAAUACCGUAAGUCUCCCUAUCAAAGUCGUGGCAAGCAAAGGUGAUUAUUAUGGAAGCAGCAAAGGAGCGUUUCAAGUCAAAUUUUGCUAAACAGACAGUCUAAAAGGACACCAUAGUCGUUAACAAAUCGAUGUUCCAUCGCCACUCAAAAAGUAAACUCGCUUCUGUAACAUUAGGUUGUAGACAACGGUUUUCACGUGAACCUGCUUUUCUUUGAGAAUUUGCUGCUUAAGCGAUGUCUCGACUCGUCAAGAAAACUCCAUCUCUGUGUACGGACCUACCACUGGACAACUCUGACAUUUGCAACAAGCUUCAUUUGCUGAGGCAGCUCCUGAGAUCUUGUUUUGGUCCGACAGCUAGAUUAAAACAAGUGCAUAACAACAUCGGAGGGCACGUUGUGACCACCUCAACCUCCUCAGUUCUCCUUCCAGCCAUUUCCUCGUCACAGCCUUUUAUCAAUCUGAUAAAAACCUCCAUUCUCAAUCACGUUUCUCGUUUCAGUGACUGUGGUUUGUUCGCUGCCAUUCUUUGUUUGUCUCUUAUUGAGCAAGCAAAGCAGUCUGGUCUCAGAGGAAAUGUGGCUAUCGGAAUGAACAAGCACUUGCUGGGUCUGUGCACCAAUUACCUUCAACGAGAAGACUGUGGUUGUAAAGUGAAGCUCGACUUCUGCAGCAGCCAGAACUUGAUCACAUUAGCUCGCAGUGUUAUCUCCAGCAAACCAGCAUGUGUGCUAACAGAGCCAGAGGCACUUCACAUCAGCAAGUUGGCUGUACAAGCUUUUUUGCUGACUGUGCCCUGCAACAGCCAGGGUAUAGUCAGUCUUGGCAAAAUAGUGACCGUCUCUGUUGAAGGCCAUGCUGUGCUAAACUCUGCAGUGUUUCCAGGUUUACUGGUGGACAUGCAUGAUGUCUUUUGCCUUAAUAAGGUAGAUCACCUGCAUUCAAGUCCACUGCUUUCCAUGGUGUUGUUCAGUGUAUCUCUUGCCGGGGACCUUUCUGAACUGGGAGACGGGGUAAUCGAGGUGCACCCAGGUGUAGACAUAGACUCGCAGAUACUGGAUCAGCUCCUGGAGCUCGGCAAACAGGUGGUUAGAGAUGAGGUGAAGCUCUUUGUAUGCCAGCAGGUCAUACACCCAGUCCUGCAGCAGUACCUGAGGAGUCAUGGUAUCAUAGUGAUAGAGAGACUGGGAAUCACUCUCAUGGAGCCACUUACUCAGCUGACAGGUGCUCAACCUGUGGCCACAAUGCACACCACAAUCCCAGCCAAGGCCUACGGGAAGGUGAGGGAUCUCAGUAUAAGGCAGUUUGGAUCCAAGACAAUGUUGCAUUUACACCCUCCUGUAGAGUCGGCGAUCUGCUCGAUGAUCCUUUGCCACAGGAACGAGACAAUGUUAAGUGAGCUAAAGGUGGUGUGCCAGAAGACAGAGCAUGUGUUGAGGCUCACCCUCAGGGAACCAUCUGCCUUACUUGGAGGUGGGUGUUCAGAGGCACACUUAGCUGCUUACGUCAGACACAAGAGCAUGAAUGAAAUCACAGAGGCAGUGCCAGCACUAGGGUGCUCACAGACAGAGUAUCUUCUCGGCGUGGAGGGAUUCUGUCGCUCUCUGGAGUCUGUGGCCGCAGCGCUGGAGCACGACGGUGGCAAUGCUUUGAUGGAUCUGACUCAUGCUCACUACUGGACUCACCGUCCAGAUGUCAUGACAGAAAACAUGGAGGAAAGCUUGGGCUUCUGUGGCUGUGGACUGGUGGAAAGUAGCCCAAACCAAAAGUGGACUUAUUUAAACACUAAAUACCCAGAGUUCUCACCUGCAGCUCUGUCUAGAGACGUUGCUGUGCAGCCACAUGUGCUCGACUCCUUCACGGCGAAACUCAAUGCAUUGCAAGUUGCUGUAGAAACCGCUAAUCUUGCACUAGAAGUGCGAUAUCUAAUUCAGGAUUUGAACUAGCAAAAAAGCAAUUUAUCCAGUGUGGAACUCUGAUUUGUUAUGAUCAAAAUGAGGAAUGAAUGCUGUUUUUUAUUUUUCAAAAAUAUCCAGUUUAGACCAGAGAUGUUAGCGUUGCCUUGAGUGAAAAUGUGAUUGAGCCCUGGCGUCAGUCAGUGGGAAUGUCUUGCCUCUGUCGCUGCUGUCUUGUGAUUUACCUCUUUAUUGGGUUGUGGACUUAUUGUCUUACUUGUCAGUAAUAUUACUGACAAAUACCGAUUUAAUAUACUGAUUUCCACUAAUAUUCGGUUACCUCUAUGGUUCUUUGUUUGGUGUUUG